CCAAAGCUUCACCCAUCUUCCCUUCUCUCCCUUCCACAAGGGAAUUCUCAAACUCAGACUCUCACACAGAGAGAGAGAGAGAGAUCCCAAUUCAAAUCUCAUCAAGCCAUGGCCCCUCCCGCAGCUUUUAUCGUUGGUGUUUUCGGAAACAUCAUCUCCUUCAUGUGCUUCCUAGCACCACUGCCGACUUUUUACAGGGUGUGUAAGAAGAAAUCGACUGAGGGGUUUCAGUCGGUCCCGUAUGUGGCAGCCCUGUUCAGUGCAAUGCUUUGGAUAUUCUAUGCCUAUAUCAAGACUGGAGAAUUUCUCAUCAUCACCAUCAAUGCCUUCGGCUGCGUCAUUGAGAUCAUUUACCUUGUCAUUUACAUCGCUUAUUGCCCCAAGAAAGCCAGGGUGUUCACACUGAGGCUGAUCCUGCUGCUGAACUUUGGUGGCAUUUGCAUCAUCGUCCUUCUAACUCAUCUCCUAUCCAAAGAGCGUGCAGCCCGUAUCAAGCUUCUGGGUUGGAUUUGCGUGGUCUUCUCAACUAGUGUUUUUGUUGCGCCUUUAAGCAUUAUUAGAGUGGUUAUUCGCACCAAGAGUGUGGAGUUCAUGCCCUUCACUCUUUCUCUCCUCCUCACCGUCAGCGCCGCUAUUUGGCUUGCCUACGGUGUUCUCCUCAGAGACAUCUAUAUCUCUCUCCCGAACUUUGUGGGUCUUGCUUUUGGGACGAUUCAGAUGGUGUUGUAUGCAGUGUACAGAAAUUACAAGCCGCCACAGGAUCAGAAGCUCCCAGAACACAAAGGGGACAUCGAAAAUGGCGUCGUUGCGACCGUGACCACAGUAGAGGAGAAACAAGUAGUCAUCUCGCAGCCAGCUGGAGAUAUCGAGGUUGGAGAGAAGAAGGAGAAUGAUAAACAAGACCAGACAGAGCAGAACAACAACAACAAGACUGAAGGAAAGAGGGAAGAGAUCAGUUCGAAAGUUUGAGGAAAUUAACAUUUGGAAUUUCGGAUGUUGGUUCUGCGCUGCCUCUCAGGAUGAUCGACCAUCUCGCUAUCGCUCUCUCUAUCUCUGCGCGUCUGUCACAGAGACUUCCUUUAUACUUGCUUGUACCAUUUAAGAAACGUAUAUAGGGGGAUCGGAGGAGACGAUGUAGAUUUCUAUAUAUCUGUGUCUGUGAUCUCUCUAUAUAUGAUUACUUUAUAAUAUAUAUGCUUCAAUACUUUCAUGUAAUUUUUGUUUUGUUUACAUGUGAAGUUUCUAAAGCCCUCAUAAGGCAGUUUCGUACGAAUUGUCCCCGUGUUAAUUGCAAAGCUCAUAGCUAGCUAGCCUGCAUGAAGAGAUUCUGAUUCUGAUUA